AUGCCCGUCUCCGAACAGGCAAAGGCCGCUGUCGAUCACCUUGCCAGCGCCGAACUAAGCCUCCUGGCGGAUGGAACUGUGCCGGUGCGGCCAUGCUUUGCAACCAUGGACUCGACCGACGACAUCUGGCCCUGGCAGGUCUGCUCUUCGGGACGGCCCAAGUCUGUGACGUAUCAAAUAUCCGAUCUGAUCAUUUCAUGA